AUGGAUAUACAUUCAUUGAUGGGUCGAGCUUCGACCAUGAUGUCGGGCAAACGAAAUGAUGAUAGUAUGUCUGACAGACUUAAUUAUCGAUAUACAGUUGCCAUUUUGGUUAUUUUUGCCAUCAUCAAUAUGAAUCGUUUAUAUACAGAUCAAAUUAAAUGUUGGGUACCAGCAUUUUUUACACCAAAUUAUGAUGAAUAUGUUCGUUCCGUAUGUUUUGUUCAAAAUACUUAUUAUGUUAAACAUCUAGAUAAAGUUCCUAAAACAUAUAAAAGAAAAAAAGAAAGUGAAAUCUUAUAUUAUCAAUGGAUUCCAUUUCUUUUACUUAUUAAAGCAUUUUUAUUCUAUAUACCACGUAUAUCAUGGAAUACAUUUGGUUUAAAAAGUGGUGUACAAUUAUCUGAUCUUGUUGAAUCAUCAUUUGAUUAUAAAAUGCCAACAACAGAUGCAGCACAUCGUCAAAUGUGUCUUGAUUAUGUUGUCGAUACAAUCGAUGAAUAUUGUAAUGAUCAUCGUCGACAGAUUACUACACGAAAAGAUUUAAAUACAUUCUAUCGAAAAAUAUCUGCUGGUUGGUGUCUAUCAGGAAAAUAUCUUGGCAAUUAUCUUGUUGUUUUAUAUAUAACAACAAAACUAAUGUAUAUUAGCAUAUCAUUAUUUCAAAUAUUUUUAUUAAGUAUACUAUUAGGCUCUAAUUUUGCUUUUUAUGGUAUACAAGUUAUUGAUCGUCUCUUUCGAGGUAUUAAUUGGGAUUCCGAAACACGUUUAUUUCCUAAAACAACUUUAUGUGAUUUUACUGUACGAGAAUUUGGUCAUCCGAAAUUAGCUCAUGAAUAUACUGUUCCAUGUGUUUUACCAUUAAAUUUAUUUAAUCAACAAAUGUUUACAUUUCUUUAUUUUUGGUAUUGUAUUGUCAUAUUAUUAAAUAUUGGCGAUUUUUUCAUAUGGUUAUAUACAAUUUCUCCAAAAAAUCGUCGAGCUUUUAUUCUUACACGUCUUCAUUCGAAAAAAUAUCCAUUAACAAAUGAAACAAGAGAUCUUGAAAAUAUUCGUAUAUUUGCUGAUGAUUAUCUUGAAGCUGAUGGAUUUUUUAUGUUAACAUUAAUUAAAGAAAAUAGUUCCGAUUUUGUUGCAUCAGAAGUUAUUCAUCAUUUAUAUAAUGAAAAAUUUCUUAAAAAAUAUUUUAAAGAAACAACAAGAGCUCGAACAUCGACAAUCUAUGAUGCUAUAGAUACGAAACAAGAUGAUGAUUCAGAUAGUAAUACAAAACAACGUCGACAAUUCUGUUCAAUGAUUUGUUAA